AUGUUCAAUUCUCAUCAGCGCACGGUGUUCGCCAGGUGCUGGCGUCAGGUUCCGCCACCGUGCCAGCGUGGCACCUUUUGCGGCGACGCCUCUGUGAGCAUCUUGCGAACUUGCCAGGCCUGUCACCACGUCUCGAUGCCCGUCCUCCUCUCUUUUCCUCCGUGCGGCCGCGCGGCUCGGCGGGUCUUAGCUGCCCAUGGCUUGCGGGACCCUGCCAGUGCAUGUGUGCCCGCCAGCAUCCUCGGGGAGGCACCUUUGACAACAUCGAGUCCAGCGCCUGCUAAGGACAGGUUUAUCAAGUAG